CGACCGCCGGACGGCUCCUCCUCCUUUCAGCCCCGCCGGCCGCGGGCGCGGGGCACGUCAGCGCUGCCAGCGUGGAAACCGCUGCGAGGCGAGGCGAGGCGAGGCGAAGCCAGGCGCGGGAGGCGGAAGUAGCGCCCGGGACGGUCGGGUCAGCCGCGGACUGCGCCGCUCUCCUCAGCCAUGGACGCGUCCCUAGAGCAGAUAGCGGACCCUACCUUAGCUGAAAUGGGGAAAAACUUGAAAGAGGCAAUGAAGAUGCUGGAGAACAGUCAGAGAAGAGUAGAGGAAGAGAAUGGAAAGAAGCCCGCAUCGGAAGACAUCCCAGGACCACUCCAGGGCAGUGGGCAAGACAUGGUGAGCAUCCUGCAGUUAGUACAGAAUCUGAUGCAUGGAGACGAAGGAGAGGAGCCCAUGAGCACACGAGUCCAGAGUAUUGGAGAACAAGGUCACAUGGCUUUGCUGGGUCACAGUCUGGGAGCUUAUAUUUCAACUCUAGACAAAGAGAAGCUGAGAAAACUUACGACUAGGAUACUUUCUGAUACCACCCUGUGGCUGUGCAGAAUUUUCAGGUAUGAAAAUGGCUGUGCCUAUUUCCAUGAAGAAGAAAGAGAAGGACUUGCCAAGAUCUGCAGGCUUGCCAUUCAUUCUCGAUACGAAGACUUCGUUGUGGAUGGAUUCAAUGUGUUAUACAAUAAAAAGCCUGUUAUAUAUCUUAGUGCUGCUGCUAGACCUGGCCUGGGCCAGUACCUUUGUAAUCAGCUCGGCUUGCCCUUCCCCUGCUUGUGCCGGGUACCCUGCAACACUAUGUUUGGAUCCCAGCAUCAGAUGGAUGUUGCCUUUCUGGAGAAAUUGAUUAAAGAUGAUAUAGAACGAGGAAGACUGCCCCUACUGCUUGUGGCAAAUGCUGGAACAGCUGCAGUCGGACACACAGACAAGAUUGGGCGAUUGAGAGAGCUCUGUGAGCAGUAUGGCAUAUGGCUUCACGUGGAAGGGGUGAAUCUGGCAACCUUGGCUCUAGGUUAUGUCUCCUCGUCUGUGCUGGCUGCAACCAAAUGCGACAGCAUGACGCUGACUCCAGGCCCCUGGCUGGGGCUGCCUGCUGUCCCCGCAGUGACACUCUACAAGCAUGAUGACCCUGCCCUGACUUUAGUUGCCGGUCUUACAUCAAAUAAGCCAGCAGACAAACUCCGUGCCCUGCCUCUGUGGUUAUCUUUACAAUACUUGGGACUUGACGGCAUCGUGGAAAGGAUAAAGCACGCCUGUCAGCUGAGUCAGAGACUACAGGAAGGUUUGAAGAAGGUGGACUACAUCAAAAUCUUGGUGGAAGAUGAGCUCAGCUCUCCAGUCAUCGUGUUCAGAUUUUUCCAGGAAUUACCAGGCUCAGAUCCAGGGCUUAAAGCUGCCUUGGCACCCAACAUGGCCCCUUCGGCAGUCGGCAGGGAGAGGCACUCCUGUGAUGCCCUGAACCGCUGGCUGGGAGAGCAGUUGAAACAGCUGGUGCCCGCCAGUGGCCUCACUGUCAUGGAUCUGGAGGCCGAGGGCAUGUGUGUGCGGUUCAGCCCCUUGAUGACAGCAGCAGCAUUAGGGACCCGAGCAGAGGAUGUGGACCAGCUGGUCACCUGCAUCGAGAGCAAGCUGCCGGUGCUGACCUGCACGCUGCAGUUGCGGGAGGAGUUCAAGCAGGAGGUGGAGGCUGCCGCAGGCCUCCUCCAUGUUGAUGACCCCAACUGGCCUGGGAUAGGGGUUGUCAGGUAUGAACACGCGAAUGAUGAUAAGAGCAGCUUGAAGUCAGAUCCAGAGGGGGAUAAAAUCCAUGCUGGACUCCUGAAAAAGUUAAAUGAAUUGGAAUCUGACCUUACAUUUAAAAUGGGCCCCGAGUACAGAAGCAUGAAGAGCUGCAUUUACAUUGGCAUGGCGAGCGACGAUGUGGACGUGUCUGAGCUGGUGGAGACCAUCGCCGUCACGGCCCGGGAGAUUGAGGAAAACUCAAGGCUUCUGGAAAACAUGACAGAAGUUGUUCGGAAAGGAAUUCAGGAAGCUCAGGUUCAGCUGCAGAAGGCCAACGAGGAGCGGCUUCUGGAGGAGGGAGUGCUGCGACAGAUCCCUGUGGUAGGGUCGGUGCUGAACUGGUUUUCUCCAGUCCAAACUUCACAGAAGGGAAGAACCUUUAACCUAACUGCAGGCUCUCUGGAGUCCACAGAACACACGUAUGUCUACAAGGUGCAGGGGACGGGAGUGACGCCACCCCCAACCCCCUCGGGAGCCCGCAGCAAACCCAGACCUCCAGGCCACAAGCCCUUCAAAAGGUCCCUGCGAGGCUCGGACACCGUGAGCGAGACCAGCUCUGUCAGCCACAUUGAAGACUUGGAGAAAGGGGAACACCUGGCCAGUGGGUCGGAGCACAGUGGCCUAGAGGCCUCCAGCCCCGAGCAGCCCCUGGAGGCCACUGUGCCUCAGGCCAGCCACCCCGAAGAUGACCACCCACAGGUAGAAGAGCCAGAGAGCUUGAGAUAGGUCAAGUGCCAGGCAUGAGGCUGCGCUGACCAAGUUACACUGAAUGUGUGCACCGUGCCACGUGCUCGUGAUAAAGUUCCUGUUGUCUCUGCAGAACUUGGACUUUUGCACAAAUAGAUGCCUGAAAGCCAGGCUUUCUUGGAAAGAAGUCAUUCAUUUUAUCCGUAACAGCUGCUUCUGGUCUGCCCAGCUGUAGAGCACCCAUUCCCCCAAUUACUACAGAACACUAGUCACUGAGGAGAACGGGGCUUUCGAGUGUCCGGGCUCGCAGGGCUCGCUCUCAUCUCUAAACGUAAGAAAUAGGCUGCACAGACUUCUCUGCCAGGACUUGGGGUUCCCGCAGGGACCAGGGACUGCGUUCGGCACUCGUCUCAGCGGAGCUGCAGGAGACAGCCCUGGUUGGCUCGAGUGGGUUCUCGUGGGAGCCUCGGGAAGGGCACUGUGGGCCGUCUGGCCACACUGCUACUUUCCUGGAGGCUGAGGAAGGCCCGUGUGCACUCGUGCCACGUGUGGCGGGACCUUCCUCCCUUUCUCUACUACUCUUUGUAAACAGGUCUGAGGACUCAUCUGCUAAGAUUAAUUGUACAGUCUCUUGACCAUAUAUAUGUAUAUUUUUAAAUACUGGUAGCUUUUAAAUUGGUGCCCUCAUGUACUGCUCACUUCUGUUCAUCCGAAAGCCCAGUGGAGGCUCCCUGACACUGAGCUGACACUAACGUGCUGCACACUGCUUCCUGAAGGCAGUCGCCCUAGACCUGCACCCCCAGGCCCUGCUCCGGGAGACCCUGUAGCCCCCUCUGCCCGGCUCCCAGACACUCCUGACCUGGCAGUCUCUCCCCGCACACAGCAUCGCCUUCCGGAGCAGGUGUGCGGCAGAGAGGGUAGGAAUCACACUGGUUUGAGGACUGUUGUUGGAAGCCUUAGUUACACCACAUUAAGCCUCUAAUUAUUCUGAUCAGAUGUGAUUUUUGACAUUUGCCACUUGUCAAAAGGCAAUUUUCCUUUUUUUUUUUUUUUUUGGUGCAGAUGAUUAGUCUUCCCUGUUUAUUUGGUGCAAUGAAGUCUAGCAGAUAACUCGGGGGAGGGGUAAAUUAUCACCUUUAAUGAGAUUAAUUUUUAAGUGUUUUUAUAUAUUUGGAAUUGUUAAGUUUUGUUGAAACAGAAUUUCACCCUUGAGAUACUAUUUGAAUGUUGGUUUCAAUAAAGGUUCUUGAAAUUGUUACUGGUGAA